AUGUCGAUGGAUACUCCUUUAGACUUGUUGAAGCUCAAUCUAGAUGAAAUAGUUUUUGUCAAACUGCGCGGUGCCAGGGAAAUGACAGGAACCUUGCAAGCUUUCGACUCGCAUUGCAACAUUGUGCUUUCAAAUGCGACCGAAACCAUAUAUGAACUUGUGGAUGGUGACCUGAAGUCGACGACGAAAGAUUCAGAAAUGGUCUUUGUUAGAGGGGACUCGGUUACGCUUAUCACCACACCAUCCGAAUAG